AGAAAGGCUGAAAAGAGAAACGGCCACGCUCCACUUCCCCUGCUCUGUUUCAGAUCUGAGAGCGAAAGAGAAGAGAAAGAGAGAGGGAGUGUGUCUGUGAAACGGUGAAAGUUUUGAGCUUCGCUCUGCGAGAUAAAGAGUUAAAGCUUUGGGAGGGGAGAGAGAAAGAGAGAAAAAGAGAGAUGCUCUUCUUCCCCUUGCCGCCCCAUUUCUUCAUCUUCCUCCUCUUCUCUUCCAGUCUCGUCUCUUCUCUUCCCCGCGACUCUGAUGAAUGGAAGUACGCGCGUGCAACGUACUACGCUGCCAACGAUCCCCUCGACACCAUUGAGGGGGCGUGUGGAUAUGGGGAUCUGGCGAAGAACGGCUACGGGCUGAGCACCGCGGCGCUGAGCGGCGCGUUGUUCGGGAAGGGGGAAGGGUGCGGCGGGUGCUAUGAGCUGAGGUGCGUGGAGGACCUCAAAUGGUGCAUCCCCGGAACGUCCAUCAUCGUCACGGCCACCAACUUCUGCCCUCCGAACUACGCCCUCCCCGUCGACUCCGGCGGCUGGUGCAACCCUCCCAACAAGCACUUCAUCAUGCCCAUCGCCGCCUUCGAGAGGAUCGCCAUCUGGAAGGCCGGCAACAUUCCCGUCAUCUACAGAAGGAUGAAAUGCGUGAAGGCAGGCGGAAUCCGGUUCACGUUGAACGGCUUCGGCUACUUCUACUCCGUCCUCAUCACCAACGUCGCCGGCGCCGGAGACGUGGUCGCCGUGAAGAUCAAGGGAUCCAACACAGGGUGGCUGCAAAUGGGGAGGAACUGGGGCCAAAACUGGCACUGCAACGCGGACCUCAGCCAUCAGGCGCUCUCCUUUGAGGUCAGCACCGGCGACGGCCGGACCAUCACCUCAUACAACGUUGCGCCGUCGCAUUGGCAGUUCGGUCAGACAUACGAAGGGAAGCAGUUCUCUUCUUGAUCAUUGUCUUCCUUGUUGGUCCUUGGUAGGGUUGAGUACGGUGGGAAACCAUAGAGAUUGUUAGGAUAUGUACUGAUCUAGGAAUCGAGUUAUCAAUGGUAAAGUAAUGAAUAUAAAAUGGUGUCUUUCUUGUCUA